CCUGUGGUGGAUGUAGAUGGGGGAGGUUGACGAAACGCAGAGGGGCGUGACGCCUCACUUUGCAGUUUGCAGCAGCGCUCACUCGCCUGCGGGAGAAUGGGAGAGAGACACAGAAGGGGAGGGAGGAGGACCUUGAAGGAAAAAAGUUACAAUAAAAAUGGCUUCCUUGUCUUUGGAGUCCACAGAACAAACUGAGAACGGCCCAAAGGAGUCCACGCAAGAUGAAGCCAAAGUGAAAGAGGAGACGGAUCCGGACGAAGUUUCGGAACAACUGCUCCAAAGCUUCCAGAACUCGGCGCUCAGUUUUUCCACCGAUCAAGUCGCGUGUCUCUGCGAAGCGCUCCUGCAAGCGGGCAAUGUGGAUCGCCUGUGGAGAUUCCUCUCCACCAUCCCUCCUUCGGCCGAUCUGCUACGUGGCAACGAGACCCUACUGAAGGCCCAGGCUCUGGUCGCUUUCCAUCGGGAGGAAUUCAAUGAGUUGUACGCCAUCCUGGACAGUCAUGACUUCCACCCGAGUAACCAUGGGUUCCUGCAAGACCUCUACUUGAAGGCGCGCUACAAGGAGGCUGAGAGGUCCCGGGGUCGCAGUCUAGGCGCGGUGGACAAAUAUCGACUGCGCAAAAAGUUUCCUUUGCCCAAAACCAUUUGGGACGGAGAGGAGACGGUGUACUGCUUCAAGGAGAAGUCGCGCAACGCUCUAAAGGAAUGCUACAAGAUCAACAGGUAUCCCACUCCGGUCGAGAAGAAGAAUUUAGCCAAAGUCACCGGACUUUCUUUGACUCAAGUCAGCAACUGGUUCAAGAAUCGCAGACAGAGGGACCGGACUCCGUCCGGUACCAACAGCAAGAGUGAAUCUGAUGGAAACCACAGCACAGAAGAUGAAGCCAGUAAGGGAGAUCUGGAGGAUAUUGCUGACAAACCUUCUGCACAAGAGACAGUCAGCUCCAAUGCUUCCCUUAUAUCUUACUCUGGUGCUCCUUGCAGUACUGGUCAGAUUAUUCUCAACAGCACUGGGGGAUUCCUUACAAGCUCUCAUCCACUGCUGCUCAGUGGGAGCCCUAUACUCUCGGGGGCAGGAACGGGGGUCAUCAUCAAUGGGUUGACACUGAGCGAUGGCCACACAGUCACUCUCAGUCCUGUUACAGCUAAUGCACCAUUGCUACUAAACGGGGCUCAAGUAAUCUCCAAAGGUGAACGGGGCAUCAAUGAUAUAGAGGCCCAAGGCAGCCUGCCCACUGUGGUUCUGAAUCCACAAGCCAGUUUAACUAGUACAAUACCUCUCUCGCUUAGCGAGUACGCAAAAACAGCCAGCAGCAACGUCUCUCCUUUGGAUUUCAUCAGUCUUCCAGAGGCCUUGAAGAAUCCAGAUAACACUCAGUCACUGCCUACAAACUUAAUGUCCUCGCCCACCAUGUCUACUUCUGUCAUCUCCAGCCCCUUGGUGCCACUACAGCCCACACAGCCACCUGAAAUUGUUGUAUUAGGAAAAGCCAAGUCUCAGUCACCAACUCGCAGCUCCUUCUCUAGUCCUCAGGUGCUGUCUUACUCUUUACCCCAGGUGGUACCAUCAAUACAGGGCGUUCCAGUUUCUCAACUGAUGCAGCAUCCAUCUGGGUCCACAGUGUCAUCUUGCCCACAGCUUGUUCCAGUCUCCCCAGUGAAUUCACAGUUACCCCAAGUCACCAUUCCUCAAUUUCAGACACAGACCUUGCACAUCGGUCCAAGACUUGUGCAAACACAGCCCCAAAAUGGCUUUUUUACCAGUACCAGUAGUGCUUUAUCACUCCCCCAGAUGGCCGAUGGACAAGUUACACAAGUGCUUACACCUCAGCUAGGAGACAAAUCUACUUCAGCCACCCUUUCACAGAUACAGACCUCCAUGGGAACACAAGUCAUUCCCAUCUCCUCCCCGACUCAAGUUGUGCCCAUAUCCCAAACCAAAGACUCAAGCCAACCUCAGCUGGUCCCCCUGUCACUGCCUCAACUUAUGCCUGUGUCAUCCGUUGCGGGAACUCCAACUGGAACCCUGUCCUUCCCUCAGGUGGUCCCAGCAACUCCAUCUCUUUCCAUUCCGUCCCAUGGAGGUGCUUUCCAGAUUGUGACGUCUGGAUCUGGAACAGGAUUGAGUGUUGCCCAGGGACCAAUAUGCCUUAGCCCAAUAGGUCCUCCUCAGAGUGUCCCUACUGGUACCAUCCCAGGUGUUCAGUUUCUCAACUCUGGGGUGAUUCAGCUACCUACCUCCUCUCCAGGCAACAUCCUACUUGCAGGUGGCAUUGGGGGCAGCCCCAUCCUAAGUGUUCAAAAUGGCAAACUCAUCCUCACUAUCCCAGCUGGCAUCCAGUUCGCCAGCAUGCCUGUCAAGUCCGUCCCAGACAAUUUGGUCUCAAGCAACAGUACCCUUGAUCCUCAAUCCUCCGCUGUACAUCCACUUGAGAAUCAACCAGCACCUUUACUCACUGCUCAAACCUCGAAUUCACUACAAUCAUCUCCUUUGGGGUUUGUUGGCUCCUCUACACUUUACUGCAGCCCUGAGCCAGGGACAAUUGCCAACCCAACCCCAGGAGCCUCUCCUAACACCCCAGACUCUUCCAGCACUCCCACUCCUGCAAGUGUCCUACAAUCCCAGCAGACCCUUAGCCCUGAUAGCAUGCUACCACUCAGUCCAAUAUGUAGCGGUGUGGCAACUGGCCCCCACCUCUCCCAGCUAGUCUGGAGCCCUGUCCCACUGUCCUCCUCUGCUGGUCUGACAUUAUUUGACAUGCGUGGGAAAGGAGAUCUUCCAGAGGACCCUGCUUUGUUGGGCUUGCCAGGCGGAGAGUCCCUCCUGUUGGGCACUCCUCCUCCAGGCGAAGAUGUGGAGAGAGAUUCUCAGCUGGAUGAGGUGGAGGACAUGGAUGGGGACUCGAAAAUUCUUACACAACUACAGUCUGUCCCUGUGGAUGAUGAUCUGGGUUUGUAAUCGCCAGUCCUUUUGACAACCUACUAGAUGCAGUUAGUGUUAAAUCUCAACCUGCAAGAGUUGCAUUCGACCAUGUCCCAGAAGUGAGAGGAACUAUGAUUUAUGACCUCAGAGGUUUGGCAUCUUUCACCACUCUUCCUUGUGUAGAUGGAGUUUUAAAUAGUGGAAGUAU